AUAAUUUUUUUUUUCUCUCUACAAAUUAAACCUUCACAAUAUCUAUUAAUUUCAAUCACAAAAUUAAGGUUAUUUUUAGCCACAACAAUUUUUUUAGGUCUCAAAAUGGAUAUGGUGAUGAAGUUGGGAGCAGAAAGUCCGGUGGUGAUUUUCACUAAGAGCACUUGUUGCAUAUCUCAUAGCAUCGAAACCCUAAUUCGAGGUUUCGGAGCAAAUCCUAAGGUUUAUGAACUCGAUAAAUUAGUUUUGAAUGGUGAAAUGGAGAAGGCAUUGGUUGAAUUACUAGGGUGUAAAUCAACUAGCGUGCCAGCAGUGUUCAUUGGAGAAGAGUUUGUUGGUGGUUCUAAUGAGAUUAUGAGUCUUAAUGUUAGAGGCAAGCUCAAACAAUUGCUUCUUAAGGCAAAUGCUAUUUGGAUAUAGAGAUUAUCAAGGCGAAAUCAGAAUUUUCAGUGAGAAAAAAUUCAAAAUAUAUAAUAUAAAAGUAAAUACAUGAUCAAUAAGUCAAAGUAAAUAUAUAAAUCAAUUAAUUACUAGUUAGCUACUAAGUAUAUCUUUGGUGUUUCUUUUAUGUACUUAUAAUAAAAGUAUGCUUUUACAAGGG